CAAUAUUAUCUUUGAUGUGGAUAUAUAGAUAUAUUGAAACCAUCCAUCCUUAAUUUUUACCACUACAUCACUGAUUAUGUGUGUAUAUAUAUGUAUAUAAUAAGAUUCGUCAAACCCUACAUAAAGCAGUUGAAUUCCACUCUGCCUCUUCGUCUCCAGAUUCUCUUUGUUACGCAACAAAGAUGGAAAGGCCAGUUUACAGGCCAUUUGCAGAGAAGAACUUGAACAAAGACGCCUCCUUUUCCUCGUAUCUCCGCCCAGAAACUGCGGCGGCGGCGCAAGAGGACGCCGGAUGCAUGGCCGAUGACUCCGAUCAGAUAAGCGUUUUCGACGCUGAGAACUACUUCAGUGAAACCAAUGAGAAGAAGAGCAAGAGAUCGGGGAUUAGCAGCGUGAAUCUUGAUGGGUUUUCCAUGGUUUCACGGCCAUCUUCGGCUUCGUCGUUCGAUGGGUAUGGAAGAAACUUCCGGCCUCAUUCUUUCCAUGCAACGCCGACGGCUUCUUCCGAGGCCAGCUGGAACAGCCAGACCGGGCUGCUGUCGAACCCUCCCGGCGCCAUUGCAGUGUCACUCAGAGACCAUCCCGGCGACCGCCAGAAGAUCAAAGGUGGGUCGAGGCUGGCUGUUACGUGGUUUUCAAGAAGGAGAUGUCCUUGCUCCGGCAAGAAAUCGGUUGAGGUAGAGGAAAAGAUUGCGGAAACGUCUAGAAGCCCAUCGGUUUCUCAUUCCAGAAAGCAGAGCCAAAGCCAAAAACAUUCUGAAGUAGUUGACCGGCCGGAGAAAAUUGUUCCGAAUUUGCGACGGAUUUCGUCGUCGCAGAGCCCGUUUCCUUCCGGCAUCUCGCACCAAAAUGGGUUUUCGUUCCCAAUCUUGGACCAAUCGUCGAAAAUGGUGAAAAAGGCCAUUAAUCCAAUCGCUUCUCCGGAAGACCCUCCCCGGGAAUCACUGGAGGUUUUCCAGCCGCCGUCAAUGGAGGUUCAGGCCCUGGACCGCCGGGCCUUCGGGUUUCCGGUGAGUCCGAUGUCUCGAGUAACCGCGACGGACGACGACGUAGCCAGCGACGCCAGCUCCGACCUGUUCGAGAUCGAGAGCUUCUCCACGCAGCCGUCGUCGUCGAACCCUCUGUUCCGGCGGCGAGACUCAUUGGACGAAGCAGCGACCUUCAACCCCAGGAAGCUGGCGGCCUCCGCCCUCAGCCGGGACAGCCUGGACGAGCCGGCUACCCCGUCGGUAGCCGCGACGGAGUGCUACGAGCCCAGCGAGGCCAGCAUCGACUGGAGCGUCACCACCGCCGAAGGCUUCGACCGAGCCAGCUACAUUACCAACCUCUCCGACAUGGAAGACUACUCAACAAUCACGCGCCGACAACACGCUAAAACGACGUCUGCGGCAACAACAAGGCGGUCUUCGACGGGGAGCGGCGGGUUGUUGAGCUGUCGGUGCGAGAAGGCGGUGAGCGUGGGGCCGCAGCCGGUGAAAUGCGCGCAACACGACGGGGGCAGGGCGGCGGCGGGGCCACAGAGGGCGGUAGGUGGCGGGGGCAAGCCACCGCUGGGAGGGCCUCAGUGUGCGGCUCGCAUGUCGCUGGCUUUUGCGACAUAGGGAACGUGACUGGGAAGCAAACUCAUGCUGUGGUGUCUGCUGGUGCUGGUUUUAAACAUAAUCCAAUCAGUCUUUGAAUGUCCCAUGUUAUAUGUUUUUAAUUUUUAAUUAAUUAAUUCCGUCCGGCAGCUGGGCUGGCUUCGGCCCCCUCUGACUCACAUUUACUUCACUUGCUCUCCUCUCCCGUCCUGCGACUUACAUUUUAACAGUCUUUUUUUUUUUUUAAAAACUUUAACUAUAACUAUUGUCUACUAUACUGGGUGUGGGUGGGUCUGUCUCUUUAAGUUUUCUAAAAUAUCUCAAUACUUGAUACUGUUGCGAGACUUGGGUGGUGGAGUUGGAACUAAUUAAUCUGGGCUUCUUGUGGUCUAUUGGCUGAAAGGUGUCCUCAAAGUGCAUGAACGGAAAGUAAGACAUAGGCAUAUUAAUAGACAUAAAUAAUGGACAUAGUGGCCACAUAAACAAACAUACACAUUUUAUUAUGCACUCUUGGCUUCUAAUCACAAUGAUGUAAUCUUAGUUACAAGAAAAGAUGGGUGUUUAUGAUGUCAAUCAAUCAAUCAAUCAAAAAAGGGCGGGCAUUGUUCUCAUUGCUAUUGCUCAUACAAAUUUGUAGAUUUCUCGUUGUUCUCAUUGUUUAUGAUGUGACGUGAUGUUAAACUAUUUAACCUUAAGUUACACUAAACAUAUUAACAUUUUUACAUCUUUUCAUCAUCUUUUUAGGUAGCUAUCACUAUCAGUAUC